UUGCCGGUGAGAAAUAGCGCGCAGUUGAUCGCGGUCGUUGGAGGAGACAAAACGCGCUGUUUCGUGGAUCGGAAUCUCACUGCCGUAGAAAAGUAAUCAGUCUAGAGGCCUACUCCAUGAUGGGCAAACCAAAACCGAGCGCGCCGGAACCAGAUCUCCAGCCACCCCCGUACUCCAGUCUCAUGGCCUCACAGUCCCAGGGGACUUACACCCUGGUACCAGUGGAAUCCAGCCAACCAUCACCCUAUCCCGCAAUGGCGCCGGUUCAGCAGGACACCACGCCGUACCAUGACCGCGUUAACCAGGUGUCGAUGGAGAACGGAAAACCGAUGUCACAACCUGUGUUCAACAGUACCUCUCUUGCCUCUACGACUUACGACCCCAUGGCGAACGCACUUCCGACCCCCCGUGUAAUCAGCCCAAGUCGGACGAUCGUGGUGGCGACCCAAACCGCCAUUUCAAGGCGCAUAAGAUCUCGGGUGGUGAUGAUCUUUGCAGUGAUAGUAGUGAUCUUGACCUUGAUUGUGUUCGGGGGCUGGCUGUGGUGGUAUCUAAAGAUACAGGAGGAGCAACAGCGGUUCGAGAGGAAGUUCGAAGAACUGUCUAGCCAGCACAGGAAGCUGUUCGACGCAUCUUCACUGGGCGACUACUGGUGAGAAUAAACCAUCCAAAUAUGUCAAGAGCUUGCCGUCAUGGAUGUCUCGAAGACAGCAACUGGCGUGGAGCCACAUACUCCACCACCUACGUACCAGGGUUUAGGUGACGGAUUGCCCCGCCACGCACCGUCAAUACCUUCAUGGAACGGAGGCAACACCUACCGCUGCACCAAUUCUCGUAAACGCAAGGUACGUAAACACUUCUCCGCAAAUGAGGAUGCCAAUACGAAUUCCAACACCAACGUCAGAAAAAUAUGAUGUUCCAUGUCUGGUUCAGUGAUACAAUCAA